GGAGAAAAUAUGCUACUCUUUAAUCGGAAAUGAACACGUUUUCUACACCUGACCUAGUGCUGUUGCUUCAUAACACGUUACGAAUUCGAGUCCAAUUAAUUUGUGCUAUGAAUUAAAAAUCAAGACGUUCACAGUUUCUUUCACUCUUCGUUGAGACAUUAAACCAAUUCUCUUGGCGAUCAGUGUUACUCUUUUGCCUUAUCUUGAAUUGAUAUUCACAAGGACAACGCUAUUUCUGCUAAUUUCAUCAAUCGUGUGAAACAUGACUACGAAGAAGAUAAUUCCUGUGCCUUAUCCUUUUUCAAUGGAAGAAGAAUUGAAAAAGAAUCCGGAAUUAAAGAUGUCAGAUAUCGAGAUGUUGAGGGAAUGGUGUGAAAAACAACAACAUUUGCCUAAACCGUCAGAUCUACAUUUAAUUAUGUUCUUACAUAGUAAUUAUUAUAGUAUAGAAGCGGCUAAAAAUACUAUAGAGAAUUUCUUCACCAUUAGAUCCCAUGUUCCUGAAUUUUUCGCAAACAGAGAUCCAUUAGGAUCGAAAGAAUUGCGUCAGAUAUUCAAUGUCGUAUUCGCGACUGAAUUGCCUGGACUCUCGAAACAAGGGCACAAGAUACUUUUCGCGAAAUUAAUAGAUACCGAUCCAUCACAUUAUUCUUUCGAAGAUAGUUGCAAAUAUUUCUUUAUGGGAAGUGAUUUAAUUGGUUUGAGAAAUGGUAUUUGCGACGGGUAUAUUUUUAUUGGAGAUUCAACUAAUGUGUCUUUGGGCCACGUUGGGCGAAUAAGUCCUAUGGGCAUGAAAAAGUUGGUAAUGUACAUCCAAGAAGGAAUACCUGUUCGACUCAAAGGAAUACAUUUUAUCAAUACUCCAUCGGUAAUGGAUGUGAUAAUAAAUAUGGCGAAGCCAUUCAUGAAAAAGGAAUUUUGGAAUAUGAUACAUUUACAUUCAUCGUUAAAAACAUUGGAAGAAUUUGUUUCUCUCGAUCUUCUUCCUAAUGAAAUCGGAGGAAAAGCAGGAUCGAUAAUUCAAAUGCACGAAAAUGAGAUAAAAGAGAUCGAUGAUAAACGAGAAUGGUUUAUCGAAGAGGUGAAAUUAUCUACUGUAGAUGAAUCAUUGCGUAUUGGAAAAAAUAAGAUUGCAAAUGAUUUUUUCGGUGUCGAGGGAACUUUCAAGAAGCUCGAAAUAGAUUAUAUAAGAAUACAAAGUCCAAGAAACUCGUAUGCAAACAUGGGCACAUUUCAAGGAAUAUCAUACGAAGAAGAAUUGAAAAAAAAUCCAGAAUUGAAAAAUGAAGACAUACAAAUAUUAAAAGAAUGGUAUAAGAAACAACCUCAUUUACCACAAAUAACAGAUUCAGAGUUGGCGUUAUUUUUACACAGUAAUUAUUAUAAAAUAGAAGCUACGAAGACAACUAUUGAUACAUAUUUCACUAUAAAAACCCAUGUUCCUGAAUUUUUCUCUAAUAGAGAUCCUUUGGGAUCAAAGGAAUUAAGGAAAUCUUUUCAAACUGUGACUAUUCAAGUCUUAGAAAAUAAAACGCCAGAAGGAUAUGCAAUUCUUUAUGGAAGAUUAAUCGAUUCUGAUCCUUCAAAUUAUGUUUAUAAUGAUACAAUGAAAUAUCUGAGCAUGACUCUUGAUUUGUGGCUUCAUAAGGAAGGCACAACAAAUGGACAUAUAAUUUUAUUCGAUAUGAAGAAUGUUGUUUUCGGACAUGCUGCUCGACUAAAUCCUGUAGGAUUAAAAAAGUAUCUUAUCUAUUUACAGGAAGCAUUACCAGUUCGUUUGAAAGGAUUUCAUUUUAUGAACAUUACAUCAGUAAUGGAUGUAAUAUUAAAUAUGAUGAAACCAUUCAUGAAAAAAGAAUUAUUAGAUAUGCUUCAUACACAUACAACUUUAGAAACAUUGUCGAAAUUUAUACCUAUAGAUAUAUUACCAAAUGAGAUUGGUGGAAAAGCUGGUCCUCUAAUGGAAUUUCACAAAAAAACAAUCAAAAUGCUCGAGGAGAAUCGUGACUGGUUCUUACAAGAAGAAACGAAAGUCGUUAACGAAUCCCUGAGAAUGGGUAAAGGAAAAACAGCAACUGAUCUUUUUGGUGUUGAAGGAACUUUCAAGAAACUCGAUAUUGAUUAAAUUUUCAAUUGCAUAAAUCUUAAUGAUUAAAUUGAUAUUUAUUUUUAUUUUAAACAAAUUUUUUAAAUUUGAUUGUAUUAUAUUCCAGAAAAUUUUUAAAUAAUAAAUAAAUAAAUCAUUUAUGCAUAAA